AUGCAAUUAUCAUCAACCAUCUUAACUGCUUUGGCUUUAGCCAUCACUUCAAUUGAAGCUAUCCCAGUCCCAGCUGGUCAACCAUUAUCUUCAAAUGUUCAAAAACAAUCAAUCAAACCAUAUUCACAAGAAUCAUUAGAUAAUUUCAACGUUUUGAAAUAUUUAGAUACCGUUGCUCCAUAUAUCCAAGGUUCAGGUUAUGGUAUUUCAAAAGAAGUUCCAUAUAAAUGUAAAGUUACACAAGCUAAUUUAUUAUCAAGACAUGGUGAAAGAUAUCCAUCUUCUAAAAAAAUUGAAAAAAUUAAUAAACAUUUCCAAGAUUUGAAAAAUUCUACAAAUAUCGAAGGUCCUGCUGAAUUUUUAGAAGGUUAUGAUUUUGAAGGUCUUGAAGAAAAAGAAGCUGGUGAAGAAACUGCUAAAGGUCCUUACUCAGGUCUUUUAGAUUUAUAUGCUCAUGGUUCUAUUUUCAGAGAAGCUUAUGAUGAUUUAUAUAAUGAAGAAGUUGGUAUUAAAUUUUAUUCUGCAAGUGGUAGUAGAAUUGUUGCUUCAGCUGAAAGUUUUGCACAAGGGUUUUUAGGUGAAUCUUAUAACAAAUCAUCAAUUCAAAUCAUUGAUGAAGAAGAUAAAUCUUUAGGUGCAAAUACUUUAACUCCUGUUGAUACAUGUGAAAAUUAUGAUGAAGAUUCAAAUGAAAAAAAAUUAGAUGAAUUUGAUGAUAAAUUUUUGAAAAAAAUUGCUAAAAGAAUUAAUAGUGAAAAUAAAGGUUUAGAUUUAUCUAAAAAGGCAGUUAAAUCAUUAAUGUAUUAUUGUGGUGUGGAAUUAAUGGGUGAAGGUUCUACAGAAAUUUGUGAUUUAUUUACUCCAAAUGAUUGGGUUGAAUAUGCUUAUAUGAGAGAUGUUAAAUAUUAUUAUGAAAAAGGUCCAGGUAAUAAAUUAUCUGAAACUUCUGGUAAACCUUAUGUUGAAGCUAUAAUUAAAGCUUUGAAAGAUGAAAAUUUAAAUUUGACUUUAUCAUUCACACAUAGUUCUGAUAUAUUCCCUGUUUUAUCUGCAUUAGGUAUUUUCAAUGGUGAUGAAGAAUUACCAAUUGAUCAUCAAGUUUUCAAUCAUCCAUGGAAAAUUUCAAAUAUUAUGCCAAUGGGCGCCCGUUUAAUCUUGGAAAGAUUGGAAUGUGAAGAUGAACAAGAUUCUUUUGUUAGAAUUAUUCAUAAUGAUGCUGUUAUUCCAAUUGAAAAUUAUUCUAAAGGUCCUGGUUUUAGUACCUCAUUAAAAGAUUUUGAAAAAUAUAUUAAUGAAAGAUUAGAUGGUAAAGAUUUUAGAAAAGAUUGUGGGAAUGAUGAUAAUACUCCACAAGAUUUAACAAUCUUUUGGGAAUGA